UCAAAGAGUAAACUACCUUACUCUUUGCUUCCUACUCUUCUCUUCAUUUAAUUUGAUUUUUCGUUUUAAUUAACUGUUUGUGCUUAAUAUUAUUUUAUUGAUUUUGAUUUUGCUCGACACCAUCCAUCCUGAACAUCAAUAUUAGUGUCAUCAAUUCCAUCAACAUCUGUACUUGCUUCCAAACCAUAGAGCCUUUCCAUUCCUAAUUUUUUGUUAUCUUUUGCCAUGGCUGUAAUUAAUUUUACUGAAGACGACAUAAUAAAACGUAAAUUGCUCAUCGAUGGAGAUGGACUAGGAGAUGAUCGUCGUAUUAAUCUUAUGCUUAAAACCUUUUUCAAAUGGUGCAGUACUCAUGAAAAUGACGAAGAACAGGCCCUUAACUAUGAGAGGAUACUUUUAAUGUUGACUAAUUGCGAACAUUCAAUGGCCAAAUCACAGCAAAUACUUUCCAUGAAUCAUUUGGAGAUGAAAAAUUACCAAGAACUCUACAAUAAGAUUGAUACAGGAAUAGCUGAUUCUCAGAGGAAAAUUGCUGAAUUGAAAGCUGAACUACAGCAAGCAAAGAUUGUGAGAAAAAAUAAACAAGAGUAUGAUGUCUUGGCGCAAAUAAUUAUGGACAAUCCGGAUCGUUGUGAUACUCUAAGUCGAUUAAACCAAUUAGAGGAAGAGAUUAAUAAACUACAGCAAAUCAAAGAAAAUCUCAACAAAAGAUUGGAAAAGCGCGGUAAACAAUUCCAAGUUUUAUUAACAUCAGCCCAUGAGCUCAAGAAAAUGCUCUCAGAUGAAGACAAUAAUAUUGUCAACAGUAUAGAUGACCAAUUUUUGGACAAUCUCAAAAGAAGUGAUAAACCAGCUCACGUAUAAUGUUUAAAACCAUCACCCAAAAACUUGUGACCAGCAAGAAUAUUGUUCAUUAAUAACCAAAUACUUGAUGCUACAAUCUUCGACAUUCUAAACAUAAUAACGUGUGCAACGCGUGCUUUAAAAAUCCUUUUAUUUUUCAACACUUAUUAACCUACAUUAAUCCUCGAAUUUAAUUCAAGAUGUUAAGAUGAACCAAACUCGACAGAUUAAAGUUUUUUAGCGGUAAUCUACACUCUAACUAUCUUGUCAUCUCAUAGUUCAACAACAUAACGAUUUAAAUUUAACUCUGUAUUUAGCAACAUGGUUAGACAUCGAAAUGAAUCGGAUUAAUACAAUUUGGACUAGCAUAAAAAAUAGAAACAAAUGAUGAAAAAUUUGUUUAAAAUACUGUUCAAACGUCCAACCUAGAAGCAAUAUUAUAAUAUACUGUUACGUCGAGUCAGAAAGAUUCAAAGGAAAAGGACGACUUUUCUUUCAUUCAUUUUAACACCUGAAUUGUCUGUAAAAAAGCUCCUUUACUUGUUCGCAAUUUUAACUUUAACUACCGAUAUAAAUUUUUAUCGAUUCGUCACUAUCUUGUAAAACGAUACUAUCGAACAACUCAUCUCGAUAUUUGCUUUAACUAAUCCGGUUCCGAGCCGGAUUAUAAACCGAGGUUUAAUUCAAGGAUUUCACCUUUUUUGUUGGCGUAUAUUCAUUAGAAUUUAAAAAUAUUGAUUUCUGUGAUUAUUAAAUUCCUAAUAAACUAUUCAUAAUAUUAAAUUUGUAUUUAUUUCUCUUGAUUUCAACCGAUUAAAGGAAAAGAUAUAGAAACCGAACUGUAAACCUCAAUAAUCGAAUCUCGAUGUCAUCGGAUACAACUCAAAUCCAAUUGGAAACUGGGUUGAGAAUUAUUAAGUUGAUUUAAUUAUUUGGUGCAAUUUAUUUCAAUGGAAGUCAAUAAUUCAUCAACCAUUUCGUUUUUAUUCUUUUUUUAUGAUUGAUUAGAUUGUGCAUCUGGUUUUCUGAUUGAAAUGUUUCUACCUUUUACCUAACUGUUUACCUGCUUCAUUUGCUUCCUUCAUUAUUUUUUAUUUUGUUUUUCUCCAAGAGCUUCAGUCAAAUUAACUAAAUGAGUUCCUCUAACGAUACUGACAUCAAUCAGAUGGCUGUUAAAGUGAAGGAAAUCCUUCCACAAGUGCCUUUAAAAACUAUUGAAACUGAUUUAAGGGUUACAACUGAUAUUGAUGAAACUAUUGCUCGACUUUUGGAUGGUGUACUCUCUUUCCAACCUGAGGCAGUAGCCAUCUUAUCUUCACCAGCUGCUGGUGUAACUUCAACAUCAUCAAAUGAUUCCAAUAAACGGAGUGACGAUGAAGUAAUUACCUCUAACGGAGUUCCAGCUUCUUUUAAUACUGCUGCCAAAAAUUUCGGAAAAUCACCAAUUGAAAGGAUGCAAUCAUAUAAAGAAAGAAAGAAAGCUUUAAUUGAAGCUGCUAGGGAAAGAUAUAUAAAGAAACAUGGACUUAAAUUGUCCUAAUUUUUUUGAGAAUUUGAUCCAACGGAUUGAAGUUGGUUUAAAUUUAUUGUGAAAUGGUUUAACUAAAUUUUAAUGUCGUAGAUGUACAGUUACACCACUAAUUCCAGUAUUUUUUAUCAAUUUUGUUGUCAAACAAUGCUGCAGGACAUCAUAAGUCAACGGAAAGAGAGGAUAAUCAAUGAACAGAGAACUUGAAGAAUAAAAGAAAAUAAAAAUUUGUUAAUCAAUCAAUUCUGAUUUUCAUUUCACUUUAUUGAACCUAUGUCAAACAAACCAAUUGUAAACUAAAAUAAUCGACUGAAUUGUAACUCAGAAGGAAAAUUGAAACAAAAUUGGAUCAUGAGAUUAAAACUUUGGUACAAGUAA